AUGAGAGAAAUCUCAGUUUUUCCCGCUAUACUUUGGGGAUUAGUUAUAUUUUUUGAACCUGCUGUCACCCAAGAAGAAAUUUUCCGUUGCUUUAAGAAAAACACAGAUAAACCAAUAAAUAUUACAUUAAACUGCAAGGCAAGUCAAGUUGUCAAUGUGAUUGAUGCUAAAUAUGGCCAUAACAGGUGGAGUGCUUGCCUUAGUGCUGUAGCUCCAGGUGAUUGCACAGAGACAAUGUUUGAGGCAGAGAAAUGUAAUAAACAGAAGAUUUGCAAAUUAAGUGUCAAUCAUAUAUAUUCUUUUAAAUGUGGAGAAAUCAACUAUUUCAGAAUUAUGUACAGUUGCAAUGAAGUUAGUCCACUAAGGAUUUUGCAAAAUUACCAGAGGACACAAUUAAUUACAACCACACGAAAAAUAUCCAGAAAAAACCUUGAAAUUCUACCAAGUAUUUUACCUAGUACAUUUUGGAAGAGGCCAACAGAUUCAUAUAAAAUAGAUAAUUCUGAGAAAGUGAUAUUUGCCAUUUGCUUAACUGUGACUGGAAUUGCUCUAACAGUAUGUCUGACUGUCAUUGUUAUUCAGUGCUGUUCAAAAAAAAGAAAGAAGCAUAACCCAGUGGAAAUGUUUGAUGAAAUUUCAAUUGUUCUUACUGAGAUGCAACAUCGCCCUUCAGGUGAUGGAGCACCUCCAGAUAUGACAGUCUUUUGGUCGGUGAUUUUUUUUUUUUUUUUUUUUUUUUUUCUUUCGAUGGAGGGUCAUCCGUAUGUACAGAUCAGAGACAUAAGACCUGGUUUGAAGAGUCUAAAUGUUAUUUUUAUUGUUCUGGACAUAGGUAAACCAACUCGUACUAAAGACGGGCAUGAUGUUCGGUCUUGUAAAGUUGCUGACAAAUCCGGUUCGGUGAAUGUAUCUGUAUGGGAUGAAGCAGGAGGCUUGUUACAGACUGGAGAUAUUUGCAAAUUGACCAAAGGGUAUUCUUCCUUAUGGAAAGGCUGUUUGACUCUCUACACAGGGAAGAAUGGGGAGAUUACAAAAAUUGGGGAAUUCACAAUGCAAUUCUCUGAAGUUCCAAACAUGAGUGAAGCAAAUCAAGAAUUCAAAGACUUGUCUGGACAGCGCAAAUCUCCACCUACUGAACCUCCUGACAAUGGUAGUCAGCAGAUAAACCAAAGUGGACCAAAUCAAACGGUGGCAAGCAGACCACCUCAAUCUGGACAGACAGGAGCCACUACUGGAAAUGGUCAAAUGGCACCUGGCACCUUCAAUAAUCGGAUGCCUCGUCCCAAUAUUCCUCGGGGUGGACCAGCUGUGAAUGGUCGUGGGAGGGCUGUUCGUCGAUAA